AUGUGGCGCUGGUGGUGGAUGGCCUUCAUCUUGGUGUGGGUAUCUAUAGCAACCCCGACGCUGUGCCAAAGUGGAGACGGGGACUGGGGCUCUGGAUUUGGCAUUUCCCCCGAGAUCGCGGCCAACAAUGACACAACGACCCAGGCGAUUGGCGAUGAACCUGAAAGGAUGAGAAACAACCGUGACUGGAUCGCAUCGCCGGCCGCUGUGCUGCACUAUGAAAACCAUCCAGACAAGUGCUCCGUCCACUUCAGCACUAACAGCGCCUUAGCUCGCCGGCUAAAGGCCCAGAGAGAGGAGCUGGCCUAUCUGCACACCAUCCAUCAUGGAAACAAGGCAGUGAUGGAGAACCUGGAGCAGUUUGUGGGGGCAGAGCUGGAGGAUCUGAGCUAUAAAGACGUGAUUAAGGAAAAUCUAAUUGGAAUUCAAGAUGAACUCAAGAGCUGCAGUGAGGUGGUGCAGAAAGCUGAGGAAGAUCUAGAGAAGCAGCUGGAGGGAGACGUGUCAGACGCACUUGUUGGGAAACAGAAAAUCAGAGAGGAGUCCCUGGCUUUUGAAGACAUGCUUCGUGCAGCAGCAGACAUCGCCAACAGGCUGGAAAGCUCGUCACAGGCGCUGCAUGCCUCACUCACAAAGCAGCUGAAAGACAUUGUUACAAUGCAUCAUUAGGGACGUGCUGAAAACCAGUUUAAUUGUGACAUAAACAGAAAUAAACCUCUCUAAGCUGCCCCCCCC